AUGUCCGACCUUCUCAGCUCGCGCUGGGCUCCCAGCGCGAGCGAGUCCUCAAGGUACAGCUCACCGCAGCUACGACGCCCGCAUUCCGAAAAUCGGAUACGAUCUACCAAUCCCGCGCUCUCGGGCCCUGGGGUCACACAUGGUCACGGAUACGGAUCGGGAUCAGAGACAGCUAUAGCUACAGGGACAAGGACUGGGACAGGCAUCCUAUCACCGACUGAAGAACUCGCGCGCUUCAUGAAAAUCGUCUCCCGGUUGCGAUGGAAACUUCCCUUCCUAGCCGAGGGCUACCGCCUUGCGACGCUGGCCGUCGACGAACUAAACGGAAUCUCGGCUGCGGACGUGACGCAAGCAGAGAUUAUGUUCAAGAUUGAUUUCCAUGAAUACUACGCGCUACUUGAGCGAGCCAUUGUGCAUCUUCUGGCCGUGUUUAACAUCGCCAUCUCUUCCGUUGGGGGGCGGGGUGGUCUAGGUGGGGUCCAAGUGAACGGACAUGCGGGGAUACACCGGUACCAUGCGAACGUGUUACAGGCGUUAGAGGAGGAGAGCACCCCUCUUACGCCUGUACUAGGCAGUGGAUACGUCUAUGAAUUACUGCGAAAAGCGAAGGAGCUCCGAAACCGGUGGAAGGGGGCCGAUAUGACCCAAGAAGAACGGGACCGCGAUCCCUUUGAGGUUGGGAAGAAGAUCUUACCGCUAUCGAAUUUUGAUUUUGAUGAGAUAUUAACGGGAAUAUUUGGUGGGCUGGAGGAGGCUUAUGUGCGUGCCCGAGCUCACGUUGAGCUGUGCAGGCGCCCGGAAGAUGUGGAUAGUGACACGGUAGGCCCGGAGUCGGAUUGGGGGUUUAUCGUGGACGCUAUGGAUUGGGAGGCAGUAUAA